AUGGCUCCGUAUGAAGCUCUUUAUGGUAGGAAGUGUAGGUCCCCUGCCGGUUGGUUUGAAGUCGGAGAAGCAAACUUAUUUGGGCCAGACCUUGUUCAUCAGGCUAUUGAAAAGGUAAAGCUUAUUCAGGAACUAUUGCUUACAGCUCAGAGUCGUCAGAAAUCUUAUGCAUAUGUACGACGCCGAGAAUUAGAAUUUCAAGUAGGUGAUUGGGUGUUUCUAAAGAUAUCACCUCUGAAAGGCGUGAUGCGGUUUGGUAAGAAAGGGAAAUUUAAUCCCCGAUAUAUCGAAACUUAUAAGAUCAUCCGAAGGGUAGGCCAGGUGGCUUAUGAAUUGGAGCUUCCAUCAGAACUGCAAACGGUUCAUCCAGUUUUCCAUGUGUCCAUGCUUAGGAAGUGUAUUAGUGAUCCAUCCAGAAUCGUACCUGUUGACGAUAUACAAGUUACAGAAAAUCUAACAUAUGAGGAAGAGCCAAUUGCUAUUCUCGACAGACAAGUUCGCAGACUCCGAAACAAAGACGUGACUUCAAUGAAGAUGAUAUCCUACACCGAAAAAAUUCUUGCAAGGUUCUGCUACAUCCGCAAAUCACUUACAAGUAUCAUGUAUGACUUGUGA